AUGGUCGAAGAGCAAGACGGUGGACACUCGGACAUCUAUAGAGGUUCAGAGCCCCCUUCUUUAGGAUCUAUACACCAUUCCGGUGCCUCUUCUGUGGCAUCAUCUUCAUCUUCAUCUUUAACAUCGUGGGGACGGUUGCGGGGGUUCGCUCAAGUCGUUUCUGCUCUAGAAAACGCCCUUUCACGGUGGGGAGGAUCCUCGAGUUCAAGCUCUAGUUCAAGUUCAAGUUCUGGCUCCCAGUUUCCCAUAACAACAGCAUCACGAUCUCAAGUAGCGAAACGUCGAAGACAAAAACGAUACCCCGGUAGUGUUUACAGCCUUCAGUCGGAUAUGGAUUUUGCGGCACGUAUCAGUCUUAUCAAAGCCCGUGCAGUCUCCCGGCAAACGACUCGCCAUUUUUCCCUAUAUAUACCCCCAUCAGCUCACAGUCCACUCAAAACUACGUCGUCCAGCUCACUGCAAAGAGUUCUCAAAGAACUCGAAGCCCUGCUCAGGAGGACUUCGAAAGCACGGAGGUUGAAGGCCAGAGAGGCGGCCAGCCAUUCAGUUCCGGAGGUUCAAGAGGUUCCACAUCACCACUUUAUGCUUCCGCUUCCGGACCUUUGGGCGCCGAGUCGACCAGCUUCCUUCACAGACCUUACGACGCUGAUCUCGUCCAAGAAGGGCAAGUCAAAGGAUACUGGUGGCGGAGGGCAGCAAACUGAGGAAGCUCUUUCGACGUGGUUUCUUGAUAUAGCCUCUCCAACUUGGGACGACAUGCGAGCGAUUGGAAGGUUACUCCACCUACACCCUCUUACACUGGAGGAUAUACUACAGAAGGAACCCCGUGAAAAGCUAGAGAUCUUUCCGAAACUUGGUUAUUCAUUCAUUUCAUUCCGAGUUUUCGAAGCUGGAGACUUACGGGAGAAAAAAACCCAUCAACAAAAUGAGAGCAUUAACGAUACCAUAAAUGACGACGACCAGGAGGAUUUAUUAGAAGCUAAUGUAUACCUAGUAAUAUUUAACGAAGGGAUCUGUUUGUCGAACCCUAACUGUGGUCGCGAUCUCAUUACGUCUGGAUCAUCGAUCCUUGCAGAACAUACUGAACGGGUUCGUAAUAGGAUAAUAUCAUUCGCAGAAUCAGCUACCAUGUCUUCAGCAUGGAUCGCCCAUGGCCUUCUGGAUUCUAUAGUCGACUCAUUUUUCCCUUACCUGGAGGACAUCGAAAAAGAGGUCAAGGCUGUCGAAGAGCUGGUCUACGAUGGAGAGAGAGAAAGGCAAAUUAACGCUCAGGAUACUCGACAUUUCCAGUGGAUAUCUAAGCUCACCUCUUCAUUUGGCUCUUGGAGAUCUCCAGAGCCUCAUCACAGCACAGAAAAAACCGCUAUGUUUGACGAAAAGGACGAAAAAGGAACCUUUGGUGGAGGUUUGGUUGGUCAAACGCGCUUCGCGCUUCCACGUCCGCCGAUUCCUCUAAUGAAGAAACGUCUUCUUCGAUUCCUUCGUUCACAAUUCAGACGAUCCAAAAGCGAAAAGACCCCACCACCCAGUACUACCUCUGUUAACUUGAGGCGCAUUGCAAGGGCAAGAAAGUUGGUCACGUUGUUGAACAGACUACUUGCCAGCAAGGCGGACGUAAUUGCGCAGAUUCGGAAGCGUAUGUUGUCCGGACUUCAGGGAACUAGAUCAACAGAGGAUUUGGAGGUUGCCAUAUACAUGGGGGAUGUUCAAGAUCACAUAUUGACCUUACAGCACUCAUUGGCGCACUACGAACGGAUGUUAUCCCAUUCUUACCCUAUUUACCUCAGACAGCUGCAGAUUGAGCUUGCGAUGGCCAAGUUCGGGACCGACAAAGCACUUAUCAUUCUGACGAUGGUGAGUGUUGCGGUUCUCUGCGCUCAACUUGUCACCGGUAAGCUCUAA